CUGGUGAGUUUGACCACGAAAACAUGCUGUAGAGUGACGUAGCUGCGUUGGCCUGGCAACAAGCUGCAGUUAGCAGCUAGCAUCAUGAAGCAUAGCACGCGACAUCAACAGUAAACAACAAAUUCGCUUUUAAUUCAUCGUUUUGUGGCGAGGAAUCAUCAUGAGUAAUUACAGGACACCAGACCGACAUCAACCGCCGUCUUUCAACAGGUCAACGUAUCUUGGAACCGCCAAGUCGGACCUGGAGCGAGACUCUGGAUUCUCAGACGCCAGCUCAGAGUACCUGAGUGCAGUAGAAUUGACGGAUUCUGAGGAUGCGGGGAGGAAGGAGCCGCUGGUGGUCCAGGAUCCCGCUGCCGUUCACAUGGCUUUAAUGGGCGGCUCCUACAGCAGUUUGCCUCCAAUGAUCAUCAUGAACAACUUUGUCCUCAAGCAGCCUCCUCAGGCUGCUGCUGAGAAGCAGUGGAGCUUUCCUUCCCCCCUGGAAUCAAUGCCUCAAUCUCAGGUGGUUCUCCUUCAACCAGUCGUGCCAGAUUGCAAUGGCAUCUCAACAAAAACAGUCCCGGAACAGUCCCGACAAUCCAAAGUCCCAGCCCCAAAAUCGUACCCCAGAAUCGCACCGCACCCCGGCGACGUCCCCACAAAGAGGUCAGGCUCCUCCAGGAUGAAGGGAAGUUCCUCAGCGUACGAGCAGAAGCGACACCACCAUCACCACCACGAUCACUACCGCUCAGCCAGCCCACAGACGCAACCGUCGGCUGCUUCUAGUGAACCGGCUGACAUAUUUGAGGUCAUGAACAGUCAAACAUCACAGGCACAGACUCAGCUUGACCAGCCGACCCUCACUAGCGCUGUGACCCCCAACCCCCAGGAGCGCUUCAGCAACACCUACAACAUCCUCAACAAGUGCGGCCUGCUGGGCAUCACCAUGCGCACCAAGCAGCUGAUCCAAGACAACAAGCGCACGCAAGGUCAGCUGCAGCAGCUGCAGGCGCAGACGGAGCUGCUGCUGCAAGCGCUGGACAGCGGCGACCCGCACCUCUGGACUAAACUGCAGCUUUCUCUGCAGGACGCAGGCGAGGAGUGACUACAGGAGUGACUCCUCGAGUGAACCAGACCAGCACUUCUAAUGGCAGUUAUGGCAGGUAUCCAGGCCUCGAUGAUGCAACAUAUCUCUUGAAAUUUGUGACAUCGUAGCAUAGUGGAACCCAGCCCUCUUGAAGCUUAGUGGUCCUUAGAGGAACUGUUGCAAUGCCUAAUAAACCCUGUUAGAACUGCUGGUCCAGAAACCUAAAGCACAUUCAGCUCUCUCGCGGGAGUAACGAGCAUGCUAGCGUGUCAAACCGCCGCCUAUAAUCUCUUAGUUGAUCCAAUGGGAGGUUUUAGUACGAGAGGACUGCGAUGCGGAGCCCCCCAACUUUUCACCGCAUCAACGCAUGCCUUGUCCUUCAGUAAGGAGAUGUCAAGCGAUCACUGUGUCAAUGUCGCAGCACGUUUUUUUUCGUAACACGUUGGACGGGGAUGGCGUUUGUGCCAGUGACUUAUUCUCGGGAGUUGCACCUUCAACUGUCCUUUUGUACAUUGGAACGUCAUCACUGUGAGGGUUGCCAGUGAAGAUUUGGAAGCGCGUAAGAUGUCAACAAACAUCACUGUGACUUCCUGCCAAAGUGGUAACGACACACAGUCAUUUCCUGUUUGGGAAAUUUCCAGUGUAUUUCCUUCAGACAUCUGAAGCUGGAGCUUUUCUUGUUUACUUAAUGUUACACCCACAGUUGAUGCACUUUCCAGUUACAGUGAGAUACAAGCAAAGACGUACAGUGUAUGAAUGGAACCGUGAAGUCGUUCUGAACACAACUCUUUGUUGACUCGAUGCUCAAUUUCCAUGUUAACCACAAAUCGGUUUCGAUUAUUAUGACUUAAUUCUGGAUUUGCGAUUUAGGUAGGGCAUGUUCAUACUCGUUCGUACACUCGUCAUGUGACCCUUGAAAGCUUUUUUUUUUUUUUGAGUUUUAAUCGAACAAAAGAGUUGGGGAAGAAUAUUGUUUUAUCAUGCUAGUGAAACAAUGAUAAGGAAGCUGAACUGUAGUCAAUGAAGGGUCACGUGACGGAACGUGGACUGUAACCGGAGCUGCCACUCGGGGCUCCAGAUCCAUUUUUUUUUAAAGUAAUAUGCGAAUUGUAAGUGUCUUUGCUGCUAACCAUCAGCAUGCUAGCAUUAUCGCUGCUUUCGUCACGUAGGGCUGAUCAUACAUGACGUUUUUUUUUUCAACUUCCACAUCUCGUCCGUGCUCUGUUUUUUUUUUUUUUGAGUGAAGUGGUUCCAUUUCUGAUGUAAAGUCAUGUGUUUGCUUCAGGUCGGCUUGUUGGACGACAGCUUGGCGUCAGUAUUAUUUAUAAGCCUGUUCUGACUGAGAUGACACUUGUCAUUGAAAGGUGGACGUGUAGCUACUUUGUGUCCAUGUGGAAAUUGUCUUAGGGUUGUGAAGAGAUAGUAGCUACAAGACGUUCUCAACGCAGUGUUUCAAGUCACAUACGUUACUUCAACAGUUACAGUUAAGCACCUUAAAAAGGCUGGCGAGAUCAAUCAGACGGACGGCCCAUAAACCAAACACUGAUUCAGCAUUUGAAGAUGACGUUACUGCACUUUAGCACUGCGAUUAUUUUGGCGAAUGUAGCCUCAAUCUAAAAAAUUUGAAUAUAAUACUGAUGUCUGAUUUUAGCACUAAACAUCAUGUGAGUAUAAGAACACACAUGCUGUACUGAAAUACGUAUAAUUAGAUGAUUGUGUGGCUCUAUGUCGUGCUCAGAUCAUAACCGACUUGUUUGUUUCCGUGAGUUAGGACACAUUGACCCUCGCGAACCAGACAUGUAUAUCUUUAGUUCUCGACCAAACAAUGUGAACGUUGCGGUGCCUUUUGACUUCUCUGUGUUGCUUUGUGGCGAUGAAAAUGGAAAAAAAAAACUGAAUGUAUUUUUUAACUCUCCAAAGAUUUUUUUUCUUUCGUUGAAAGGCAAAUAGCCAUGAAGACUUGUUGGUUCUUCGAUCUGAUCAAGAGGAAGGAUUUUUUUUUUCUGAUUUGAGGAUGAAAAUAUUUUUGUUGUCUUGUUGUUUAAAAUGUGCUUUUCUGUAUCUGAUGCUUUGACUAAUAAUUUAUCAUCGUAAAACAGUUGAAGACCA